AUGUCGACGUCGCAAGUAGAAGGGGUCUCAAGUGUGGUUGCUCUUCCACCCCCGUCACCCCGCCGGAGUUCAUUAAUGGAGUGCGUUGUGGCUGAACCGGUGGAUUGUGUUCCAUCUCCUGGCGGGAAUGAAAUUUCAUCCAAUCCAAAUGAAAAUAUAGUUAAACCUCUCAUCGUCAAUCCUGUGCAAAUGACUAAGGCCACGCAAAUGUUGGAUGUUACUGAUGUUGGAAGUGAUGAGAUGGAUAUUGGUGACGAGUUGUCUGAUCAUGGUUCCCUAGAGGAAGAUGAAAUACUAAGUGUUGGAAUGCGGUUUGCGAAGUUGCAACUAACUCAUGAUUUUUAUGUUAGCUACGCAAAGAAAGUUGAAUUUGCAACUAAGAUAAGGACGACAACGUUUGACAAGAUCACGAAGGAACCCGUUAACCAGGCUAUCCACUGUAAUCGGGAUCGCAUCCGUGGGUCUCGUGUCAAAGCACCAACGCGCAAAAAUCUGAUUUCAUCCGCUGUGUGCAAGGCAAGAAUAUAUGUAAAAUUUGAUAAGGAGAAGCAAGAGUGGCUUUUCUUCAAGGUUGAGUUGAGGCACAUGCACCCAUGUUCGGCGAAGAAGGCAGUGCAAUACCGUGAGUAUAGGCAGCUAACCAUGCAUGCGAAGUACGUGAUUCAGAUAAUAAUGAGGCUGGGAUUCGACCAAACAAGACUGAAAGAGCUGAAGAUUGAUGCUUUGGCCAAUGAAGCUGGGGGCCCGUCGAAUCUGGGAUUCUCAGAAAAGGAUUUAAGAAACUAUAUUACAGCAAGACUCCGAACCAGCAACGCAAAUGCGGAUGUUAGGGAGAUGAUAAACUAUUUCAUGAGAAUGAAGGACAUCAAUCCGAACUUCUUCUAUGCAUUGAAAUUGGACGAUGAGUGUAGAUUUAGGAGUGUAGUUUGGGUUGAUGCAAGGUUCAGGACUUCCUAUGAAUACUACGGAGACGUUGUGUCACUCAAUAGCACUUACAGUACAAACAGGCAUGGGUUACUGGUGCGGUAA